UGUCUGUCUGUGUCCAUGUCUCUGCUCUGUUCCCGGCUUCAUUCCUACGAACACCGUCAACGUCCCGCCUGCUGUUCUACCUCUGGAUUUAAAUCAGCUGGAUUACCCCUCGGACUCUCAGCUCAUUAUUCUAUGCUGCCACAUUUAAAUGGGAGGCAAAGUUGGACCUCCCUGGACUGCACAAAUGGUGACAAACAGUUUGAUUUUUCUCGCGCUUUUAAGAGCUUCCUAGCAUUCAAAAUGAUUUCACUUUUCUUCAGUAAAAGUGUUUUUAUAUGUAAAGUAAAUUGAGCUCAUUCUCUGUGGUGUUGUCUAGACAAAGUAGGUUAGUUAUUUUGCAAUAUAAUAUUUUGAACUUAUCUAUUGAGGCGCAUUUUAACGUGAAAGAUGAGUGGGGAAGAGGGGUAGAUAUUUGUCUCCAUGUUCACCUUUUUAAAAGUCAGUCAAUCUAACCUUGGUGUUUAUGUUAUUUUUAAAUCUGAAAAUGUGACUGUGGCACUUUUCCGUGUGCUCCGUGAGUGUCAGAUUUUUAUUUUUGGUCACAGUGGAGGCUUUAUAUUGGACUGCAGGUGAACUUGCAUCUCUUCCUGUUCUCUCCUCUCCAAGGGAACCCUCAAACUAAACUCUUCCCUGUUAACCCACUUAGACGCCCCGAUCUCCCCUGUGGGGGCUUCUCUAAACCGUCUGUCCUACUCUAGUUUUUUUGAGGAAAGCAAAAGACAAACCUAGAAAAGGGGGUAUAGGGAAGGAAGAUACCCCCCUCCCAAAGGUGAGAGGGGGGGAAGAUGGCAGCUCUCGCCAGCUCUCUCAUCAGACAGAAACGGGCGGUCAAGGAAGACCAAGCCAACCGACCGGUAGCCAACAAGCGCAAGCCCUGUCCGAAGAGCAACAAGUCCUUGUGCCAGAAACAGAUCCUGGUCUUGAUCUCCAAAGUACGACUAUGUGGGGGUCGAAAAGGUCGAAACGAGAAAAGACCGGAGCCACAGCUGAAAGGCAUUGUUACCCGGCUAUACAGCCAACAUGGAUACUACCUGCAGAUGCAGCCUGACGGCACCAUGGACAGCACAAGGGAUGAAAGCAGCUCAUUUUCACAGUUCAACUUAAUUCCCGUGGGACUGCGGAUUGUGGCAAUCCAGGGGGCAAAGACAGGAUUAUACCUCGCCAUGAACAGUGAAGGAUACCUCUAUACCUCGGAGCACUUCAAUCCGGAGUGUAAGUUCAAGGAGAGUGUGUUUGAGAACUACUACGUAACAUACUCCUCCAUGCUCUAUCGCCAGACCCAGUCUGGCCGCUCCUGGUAUAUCGGUAUCAACCGUGAUGGCCAGGUCAUGAAGGGCAACCGGGUAAAGAAGACCAAAGGAGCUGCACACUUCCUGCCUAAAGUUAUAGAGGUUGCAAUGUAUAAGGAGCCAUCGCUACACGAGCUCGCCCCCGAACCGGUGAGUCCUCCUCGGAAGACAGUGAAGACGUCAGAUUCACCGUCCCUAAAGAAUGGACGGAAAGAAGCUCCCAAGGCUGAUGCCUCAUAGCACAGGAGACUGAGGGUGGGACAAAGGGCAGCAGUGA